AUGUCUCCCUCUGCCAAGUCAGGAGCCGAGUCAUAUGCAUAUAUACCAGGCUUACCCCAACGUGCCCUCAUCUUCAUCUACAAAGGCAUCAACAAAUUUGUACCAUGGCACAGACUUCCGACAUACAUCAGCGUCUUGAAUCUUAGCGCCUUCCGGUAUGAACUGCGAAACCAAAAUCUGCACGAUGUCUACCCUACACCAGAGGCUCAAGGCACACCAGGGUGUCCUCAUAUGACUGAUGAUCAGUACUUACAUACGCGGCAUUCAGAUGGAUUAUAUAACGACCUCUCAGCACCGAAGAUGGGUUGUGCAGGAAUGCGUUUCGGCCGCAAUGUACCGCGAGAGUACACCACUAAGCCAAGCGAUGAAGAUGUCAUGACCCCCAAUCCUAGACUAAUUAGUCAAGAGUUGUUGAAGAGGGAUACGUUCAAACCAGCUACAAUUCUGAACUUGCUUGCGGCAGCGUGGAUUCAAUUUCAAGUUCAUGAUUGGUUCGCGCACGAGAACUCUACGACAGAGAAGUAUGGUAUUCCACUACCUGAUGGCGAUCAGUGGAAUGCGCCAGAUGGGAAAAUGGAAGUGGAGAAGACGCAGGCUGAUGAGCCGCUCGAUGAGACCGAUAAAGCUGCCCCAGCAUACAAGAAUCAGAAUACCCACUGGUGGGAUGGCAGCCAGAUCUACGGAAGCUCCGAAGCGCGCACCAGAGAGUUACGUGGACAGGCAAAGAAUGGAAAGCUAGAAGUCGACGAGCAGAAGUUGGUCACCUUCUUACCUCGCGACGCGAACGGAAUACCUCAAACUGGGUUCUCCACUAACUGGUGGCUGGGGCUUGAGAUGCUGCAUACGCUUUUCGUUCUAGAGCACAACGCUAUAUGCGACGAAUUGGUGAAGGACUACCCCGACUGGGCGUCAGAAAAGGUGUUCGAUACCGCGAGACUGGUCACCUGCGCGCUGAUGGCGAAGAUACAUACCGUGGAAUGGACGCCCGCCAUCCUAGCACAUCCGGCGCUUAAAAUCUCCAUGGAGGCCAACUGGUGGGGUGUCUUGGGCGAGAGAUUGUAUAAGCUGCUUGGCCGCGUAUCCAGGACUUCAGAAGCCAUCUCCGGCAUCCCGGGCUCGGGCGCAGAACACCAUGCCGCACCAUACGCACUCACCGAGGAGUUUGUCAGCGUAUAUCGCAUGCAUCCGCUCAUCCCAGAUACCGUUGCCUUCUUUGACGCGAAGACCGGCUCUCAUAAGUCAACUUACCCAAUCCAAGAUAUCGCCUUCAAGGAUGCGAGGAAGCCAUUGACGCAAGAGGGCAUGGGAUUUGACGAUGUCCUUUACAGCUUCGGCAUCAACUACCCUGGUGCCGUAACACUGAACAAUACCCCUGACUUCCUUCGUGACUUGCACACGCCCGAUGGUCGACACAUCGAUCUGGGGACGAUUGAUAUACUGCGCGACCGUGAGCGCGGUGUGCCUCGCUACAACCAGUUCCGCCGGCUCUUCCACAUGCCUGCUGUUACUUCCUUCCUCGCUUUAACCGGAAAUAAUCCAGGACUCGCCAGCAAGCUCGAGAAGUUAUACGAAGGUGACUUGGAGAAGGUUGACCUACUGGUAGGUUGCUUGUGCGAACCCCUGCCCAAAGGCUUUGGUUUCAGCGACACAGCGUUCCGCGUGUUCAUCCUUAUGGCUAGUCGACGUUUGAAGAGCGACAGAUUCAUCGCAGGUGAUUGGAAUGAAGAGACGUAUAGUAAAGUGGGGAUGCGGUGGGUGCAGAACAAUGGAAUGAAAGAUGUGCUAGGAAGGCACUUCCCUGCGUUGAAGGGUGUUCUAGAGAAGAGCGGUAAUCUAAAAAGCAGCUAUUUUAGCUACUUUAAUAAGCUUAAUACUUAG